AUGUCUUCUACGCCAUCACUACACGAGAAAAGCGCCCACGUAGGAACAAACGACCCCGAACGGCUCGAAGGCAUCGCCGAAGACUUUGAGGUCUUCAAGCAGACCGAAGAUGGUGUCAACUUUCGAACCGUAGGAUGGCCAAUGGCCACCGUCAUCUUCCUAAAGACUAUCUUCGCCCUCGGCGUCCUAUCUAUCCCGGCAGCCAUGUACACGUUAGGUGCUGUUGGAGGUGCACUGAGUGUCAUUGCCUGGCAAGCCCUCAACACCUACACAGCAGUACUGCAAGGAGACUUCAGGAACAACCACCCCAGAUGCCACAGUAUCGCCGACAUGGCUGGCGUGGUCGGAGGACCUAUCAUGAAGGAGCUUACUGGAGCAUUGUUCAUCGUCGCCUACGUUCUCCUUACUGGCUCUGGAAUCGUCGGUGUAUCCAUCGGCAUCAACGCUCUCUCCCACCACGCCGCUUGCUCCGUCUGGUGGUCUGUCAUUGCCACCGUCUUCGUAGCUCUUGCAGCUUCGGUCCGCAAAUUCCACCAGAUCGGCUGGCUCACUUGGAUUGGAUUCGCCUCUAUCUUCACCGCUGUCUUCAUCCUUGUCAUUGCAGUCACCACACGCGAUCGCCCAGCAGCUGCUCCUCAGACUGGUGACUAUGAAUUUGGCUUCUACGCUAUGGCAUACCCGGGCUUUGCUGCUGGAAUGGUUGCCUCUUGCACUAUCUUCGUAUCUGGUGCUGGCACUAGUGCUAUGCUUCCCGUCAUCUCGGAGAUGAAGAACCCCAGAGACUACCGCAAGGCUCUAUUCAUCUGCAUGGGCAUCGUCACAGCUGCGUAUCUCAGCUUCAGCCUUGUCGUCUACCGCUGGUGCGGCAAAUGGGUAGCCAGCCCUUCUCUAGGCAGCGCAGGUCAAACCAUCAAGAUGGUCUGCUACGGCAUCGCCCUCCCCAGUCUCGUCGUAAGCGCCUGCCUCUACCUCCACGUAGCCGCAAAAUACAUCUUCGUCCGCGUACUCCGCGACUCGCCACACCUCCAAUCCAACACCAUGGUGCACUGGGCAACCUGGCUAUCCUGCACCUUUGGCCUCACCAUCAUUUCUUUCAUCCUCGCUGAAGCCAUCCCAAUCUUCGAGUACUUGCUUUCGUUGGCUGGAAGUAUCUGCUUUGCUCCAUUGGCGAUUUCGCUGCCAGCGUGGUUGUGGAUGCAUGAUCAUAUGCAUUAUCGCGGUGGAAAUGUGUUGAAGAAGGUCAUGUUUUGGAUGCAUGCAUUGUUCAUUCCGUUGGGCCUGUUCGUGAUGGUGGGAGGUACCUAUGGAGUUGUGGUGCAAAUUCAGGAGGCAGAGGCAUAG